AUGUGGAUAGGAAAGGGCGAAUGGGACCCGGUCAAAAUCUGGUUCCAAAACCGCCGCUCCAAGCAGAAGAAGCAGGGCAAGGGCGGCUGCGGAAGCGAGAAGAACGGCACCGACGAGGAGGCCGAGGGUGAGGACGAGGGAUCCACCGGAGAUGGCUCUCGAACGCCCAUGGACUCCGAGACUCCGAACGACAACGUCGGGGAUGUUUCUCCCUCUUGUGCAAGUGCUUGGGCGCAAGCUGGCCUUCCGCCCGCAAUUCCUCACACAUCCUCGAUCGGUGUCCCGCCCGGGUCCCUCUCUGCUGCUUUGACUCCGACCGGAACCGGGGCCACUCUCACCCCGUUGGGGGGAAGUCUGCCACCUCCGGCGCUCCCUGGCUCCCACUUGAUGCAGUUGCCGAACUCCCUGGCCUCACAGCAAUUCCAACUUGCUGCCUCGGCUUCCGGUCCGUUUGCCCACCUUGCCAACCUCCAGCAGAUCUCCUUCGAAAAGGGUUACCCAGCCCAAAAACUCGAAGAAACCCAAGCCGCCAUGUACGACCCCUACAGUCAAACCGCCUACUACCCCGGAUAUCCCUACGGAUACUCGCACACUUAC